GGUAUUAUUGAACAAUAGUAAUUUCGUGGUCGUGGCAUAUUGACGUAAAAGCAAAUCCAAUGCUCCAGACUGCAAUUUAUGUCACCUAGACUAGACCCUCUGAUUCUCGAUUUACUUCUCUCACAUUAACUCUCCGAUCACUUCACCGGUUUAAAAAGGUUGGUCAGAAAUUCGUCAGGCAAGGCAAGGAUGAGUCAGGUCUUUGAAGGAUACGAGCGCCAGUAUUGCGAGCUUUCUGCCGGUCUGUCGCGGAAAUGCACCGCGGCAACGGCUCUUACCGGAGAACAGAGGAAGCAGAAACUCUCUGAAAUAAAAACUGGUUUGGAUGAUGCUGAGACUUUGAUCCGGAAAAUGGACCUUGAGGCAAGAAGUUUGCCGUCAAAUGUGAAGGCCAUGCUCCUUGCUAAGUUAAGAGAAUACAAAACUGAUUUGAACAAUUUGAAAAAUGAAGUAAAAAGAAUCACAUCUGGUAAUAUCAACCAGGCAGCCCGAGAUGACUUGCUGGAAUCAGGAAUGGCAGACGCAAUGAUGGUGUCAUCCGAUCAAAGAGGAAGGUUAUUGAUGACAACAGAGAGACUAAACCAGUCCACUGAUCGAAUUAAGGAAAGUAGAAGAACAAUGCUGGAAACAGAAGAGCUUGGUGUCUCAAUGCUGCAAGAUUUACAUCAACAACGCGAGUCUCUUCUGCAUGCGCAUAACACCCUCCAUACAGUGGAUGAUAAUAUUAGCAAAAGCAAGAAGGUCCUCACAGCCAUGUCAAAAAGGAUGAGCAGGAACAAAUGGAUAAUGGGUUCUGUGAUCACAGUCCUAGUUCUUGCCAUCAUAUUGAUUCUUUAUUUUAAGCUGGUUCGUUAGUUGGCAGGCCAUGCUUGUCCUAAAUGUCCAGUUGUUUGGCACUUGGCAUUCUGUCAAGAUUGGUGUGUAUGUAAUUUGAUGCUAUAAUUGUGAUUUAUGUUUUUAUCAUUAUACUUGGUUUUAAAAUGUGUGUUGCAGGGUGUCAGUCAAAGGAUGCACAAAAUCAUCCCCGUCUGUUGUUUCCGUUGUGUAAUUUUUCUUAUGAAAUUUGAGGAAUGGAGAUAAUAUCAGAAACAUUUUGUAAUCCAAA